UAGUAGCUCGCUGGCUGUCGUCCGAAUAACACGUUCCAACGAGGAUCUCUGACAGUUGCGGAAAACGUGCUUGAAGAACGGCACCGUAAUUCGCAGAUAGCUACGCGUAUUAGCCAGAGAAAAAAAACAGCACAAUGGAUCCGAACGGGUUUAAAGAUUUUGCCGGUGAAAUGGCAAAUUUUAUUACCAACUACCUGGAGAACAUCAGAGAAAGGCGAGUCUUACCGAUUGUUGAACCUGGGUACAUGAAGCCACUCCUACCCACCGAAGCUCCUCAAUCACCAGAAAAUUGGGAAGACGUGAUGACCGAUAUCGAGAGAGUCAUCAUGCCCGGAAUAACGCACUGGCAGAGUCCGAAAUUCCACGCGUACUUUCCAACGGCUCAAUCGUACCCAGCGAUAGUUGCCGACAUGUUGAGCGGUGCGAUUGCUUGCAUCGGUUUCACAUGGAUCGCGAGUCCAGCGUGCACCGAGUUGGAAGUGAUCAUGCUCGACUGGCUGGGUAAGAUGCUGGAUCUUCCAUCUGCGUUCUUGUCCUCCAGCGGAGGAAAAGGUGGUGGCGUUAUUCAGGGAACUGCUAGUGAAGCCACGCUGGUGGCCCUCCUCGGGGCAAAAGCCAAAAUGAUCAACCGAGUGAAGGAAGAGCACCCGGACUGGACUGCGAACGAGAUCGUGGGAAAACUGGUCGCCUAUGCAUCGUGUCAGGCUCACAGCUCUGUUGAACGCGCUGGUAUACUAGGAGGAGUUCAAUUCAGGCUUCUCGAUGUUGACCAGAAGUACAAACUGAGGGGCGAUACUCUGGCUGAUGCCAUUCGUGAGGACAGAGAAAAAGGACUGAUUCCAUUUUACGUCGUAGCUACUCUGGGAACCACUUGCUCCUGCGCCUUUGACAACCUUGAGGAAAUAGGAGCAGUUUCGAACCGUGAGCAGGUCUGGCUGCACGUUGAUGCCGCCUACGCAGGGUCUGCUUUCAUUUGCCCCGAGUUCCGGUACCUGAUGAAAGGCGUCGAGAGGGCGGAUUCGUUCAACUUCAAUCCCCACAAGUGGAUGUUGAUAAACUUCGACUGCUCAGCUAUGUGGCUCAAGGACCCGAGCCACGUCGUUAACGCUUUCAACGUAGACCCACUUUACCUGAAGCACGAUGCUCAUGGCUCACUCCCAGAUUACCGACACUGGCAAAUUCCCCUCGGGCGCAGAUUCCGCGCUCUCAAGCUGUGGUUUGUUCUUCGAUUGUACGGCGUGCAGAAUCUGCAGAAGUACAUUCGUUCCCACGUUGCUCAAGCCCAUGAAUUCGAGGCUCUGGUUUUAGAGGAUCCUCGCUUCGAAGUUGUCGCAGAAGUCGUAGUCGGUCUCGUUUGCUUCAGACUCAAGGGUUCAAAUGACGUUAACGAGGCUUUACUGAAGCGGAUCAACGGUGCUGGUAACAUCCAUCUGGUACCAUCGAAGAUAAGCGACGUUUACUUCCUACGAUUCGCAGUCUGCUCUCGCUUCAGCGAAAGCUCCGACAUCCAGAGUUCGUGGAAGGAAAUAAAGUUACGCGCUGAAGAAGUUCUCGCCGAGCAACCAAAUUCCAAGUGAUGGCGGGCUCAAAUCGUGCGCAGUUGCAGGGCGCUCAUCCCACCCACGAGCUGCAAUCAAUCCUAGUUUAUUUUUUAAAACGAAAUAUGAAAAUGUUUAAAUAUUUAUCAAGGUGCAUUUGAACGCUGACCUCAACCGUCAGUGAUUGUUAAUUACGGUCAGGAUUGCCAAUCAAUGGGGGUAUUCUUCCUUGGCGUUCAGCUGCACUACUAUUCCUCAUUCUUCAUGUUAUUAGGGUACGUACUUGUGAAUCUGCGAUAUUAGUUCCAUUGCAGUGCGCGUCUCGCUUAUACCGUUUAUUUUUAUCCGUUGCAGUAGAGUUUGAUGAGUAGCUCGUAUGUGUAUAAUGAUUUUCAAGUGUUUGUGGAAUCGUUCAACUCCCUGAUCCCACUAGAAUACGUGUGUACCGAAACGUAUUAGAAGCAGUUGCACAGUUUGUCACUAGAAUACCACGCCUACCACUAUAUAUAAAUAUAUAAUUGUUAAUAGGUGUAUGAUAAAUGUUUUAAAAAUGAUAAAGUGGUGUGUGCGUGCGCGUGGCUCAGGUAUAAUCCAACUGUGUAUUUCUCACAAGGUUAUUCCUCUCUCAAAGCCCAGAUACAUACCAAGUAUUAUCACUCGAACGAGCGACUUUUGAACUGGAAGAAAUGUUAGUGUUAUCGAGACGCGGAAAUUAGAGGGAAAGUGACCGUGUGAAAUCGGACUUUGGGAUUCUGGCAGUCACUUGAUCUUAUCGUCGUGAUUGGCGAGGUAAGAUUCGACAAUCCCAAAGCUCCGUGAUUAUAUACACUCCCAAAUUACUUGUAUUAUUGAUGUUGACUGUUAUACUGUGUGAUCACAUAGAUUGGAUUGUCUAGUGCAGAGAUUAUUUAAAUUUAAGAUGUGAGAACCACCCUAGAAUUUCAGUGUUCGGUCUAUGUUUUUGCUGUAUUCUUAUGAUAUGAUACGAGAAUAUUGAAUGACCGUUAUAGUAUUGGUAGAUCAUGGCAACUUAGGUGUAGUCUUCUGAUAUAAUUGUUAUGACUGAUCACAUUGAGCUGAAAGACUUUACUUAAUUUUCAAACUACUCGUGUACUGUUGAGAACUAUUGUAAAACUAUCCAAAACUAUAAUAAUUUUGGUCAUGAAACAAUGAUUUUCUUCCCCAUUGGGGAAAUGGAGUCUUCAAGUUACUUUGAUCGGUCAUGACGGAAUCUGGAGAACGCGGCUCUAAAUAGGUGACUCGUCGAUCGGAACUGCAGCCUGGACAAUAAAUAGAGAGCUUUAGAGAUCUCUGAAUGAAGAUAUUAUGGAGAUUCCGAGUUUUGAGUAGCCUGAUCACUUUAUGAAAAAUACGGGUCCAAUAAUAUAAUUUCAGAAAAAGACGGGACAAUGGGACCAAGGGAAUUAAAAAAGGGGAGGCGUGACCGUCACUUACCAGCUAUUAUAUUUCACGCCAUCAUUAAAUUUUAAUAUGUAGUGGCGAAUUGGCUGUGCGUAUUAAAUCGCUUGGAAAAUGCAGAUACUGAUAUAUAUAUAUAUAUAUAUAUAUAUAUAUAUAGGUAUAUAUAUAUAUGCGAUUUAACCGUUAAAAUAUACAAGAGUUUACGAAAUUGAACCAAGGAUCAGAGCUUUGCUUUGUCAUUGGUCGUUAACACAGUUUACGCGUACAGUUUUCUGUUGGUAUGUACAUCGACAUUGUUUUAUCUAUAAUGUUACAUGCUUAUGAUACCUUGUUCCGUCACAUGGCGUGUACAGUAUUUUACCAGCCGUGAUUCAAUUGAAUUAUUUAAUGAUAAUAUAAUAUUCGUUAUUAUUGUGUUAAUCUAUGAUUUAAAUUCAAGCCUGAUCACCCGCGUCCUUUCGCUCCAUAAAUACAAGUCUAAUAAGAAUUUCGAUGGACUGUGAAAGUGGUUAGGGUUGGCUACCGAAUGAAGAUCACAGUAAGAAAUAAAACUAACCCACAAGUUUCUUA